AUGGCAAAUGAAGCAGUAAAGUUUUAUCACAAACAGUUUACUCAGGAGGAAAUGGGCCAUACAAAUGAGGAUAUUCUACAACAUAUUCCAUACUUGCUGGAUCAGGAGAGUAACGAAAUGUUAUGUAAGGUUCCUUCUAAUGAGGAAGUGAAAGCAGCUGUGUUCAACCUCAGUGGUUCUAGUGCUAGUGGACCAGAUGGCUUCUCAGUUUUAUUCUAUCAAGUUUAUUGGUCUAUUGUAGAAGCAGAUGUGAUUAGGAUGGUACUUGCCUUUUUCCAAGGUGAUACUCUUCCAAAGUUAGAGAAGGUCCUUCCUACUCUAAUCUCUCCUCAUCAGGCUGGUUUUGUGAAGGGUAGGAGUAUAAUUGAAAAUGUUUUGCUCACACAAGAAAUUGUCACAGAUAUUAGGAAGAGGGGCAAACCAGCUAAUUUGGUCCUAAAGCUAGAUAUGGCAAAGGCAUAUGAUAGAGUUUCCUGGAGUUUUUUGACAAAAGUGCUAAAUCAGAUGGGAUUUUCAGAAGGGUUCAUUGAUAAGAUAUGGAGACUGAUAGCAAAAAACUGGUAUUCAAUUUUGUUUAAUGGCAAAGCUAGAGGUUUCUUUCACUCCACAAGGGGAGUCAAACAAGGUGAUCCUUUGUCACCAGCCUUGUUUAUAUUGAUAGCAGAAGUGCUUUCAAGGGCACUGAACUCAUUGCAUGAUAACAAUGAUACCAUAAUAUUUGCAUCUGCUGAGAGGAAUUCCUUAAAGAUGGUCAUGGAUAUUCUCAGAGACUAUGAAGCUAUAUCUGGUCAACUGAUUAAUAUUGAAAAAAGUGCCUUCUACAUGUACCAUAAAGUGGCAGAUAGAAUGAUGCAAAAUGUGCGAAUUGUGACAGGUUUCACAAAGGGACAAUUCCCUUUCAACUACUUAGGGUGUCCCAUUUUUCAUGCUAGAAAGAAGAAAGUCUACUACCAAGAUCUCAUCAAGAAAGUGAAGGAUAAAUUGCGAGUUGGAAGGAGUAAUAAGAAAGAGGAUAAAAGCAAACACUGGGUAUCAUGGAAGAAGAUUUGCAUGCCUAAAGCUGAGGGUGGACUAGGAUUUAGGUCCUUGUUUGAUAUUUCUAAAGCUUUGUUUGCUAAGCUAUGGUGGAGAUUUAGGACUUCAAACUCCUUAUGGUCUACUUUUCUGUGGAAUAAAUACUGUAAGAAGCUUAAACCAACAAAGGUACAAUGGAAGGGUGGUUCACAAGUGUGGAAAAAAAUGUUGGAAGCCAGGGAUCAAAUGGAUCACUUUAUUUGGUGGGAACCUAGAAGUGGUUCAUGUGAUAGCUGGGAAGAUAACUGGACUAGGUUGGGGCCUCUUAGAGAGGUUUCAAGCUCAGAUCACAAUUUAGAAGAGGUGGCUGAACUCAUGGACUCAGAAGGUUGGGACUUACAAAAGAUGAAUGUAGUGUUACCAAAGCAGGUGGUGAAUCAUGUUAAGUCUGAACUGAGCAUAAUGGGGAAGUCAACAGAUGCAGAUGUACCAUGGUGGAACUCAACUAAUUCUGGUAAAUUUACAGUGGGCAGUGCAUGGAACUUAAUGAGGCAGCAGGAGCAAGAGUCGUUGAACUAUCAAAGAAUAUGGAGCAAAGGAGUGCCAUUCAAAAUUUCAUUCUUUUUAUGGAGGAUGUGGAAAGCUAAAAUCCCAGUGGAUGAUGUACUCAAAAGAAUGAAUAUUUCCAUUGUAUCAAGAUGCAGAUGUUGUCUAAAUUCACAGUCAGAGGAAACAAUGCAACAUCUUUUCUUAACUGGUAAUUGUGCAGCAGAAGUGUGGCAGUACUAUACCACAGCAGCAGGUAUCAUAGACCCUCUAAUACAGUUACAUCAAGCAGUGGUAAAAUGGUGGAAUAUGAAGUGUGCAAUUAAGUUAAAACAAGAUUUUGAAGCAAUGCCAUCAUUCAUCUGUUGGCAGUUGUGA